GGAUACAUAAACAAUGGAACGCAGGCACGCGUUGAAUGCAUGACCCGUGUGUGCUGUGCAAACUCAGUAGGCUUACUGAAACUAUUUUCUAAGCAUCGAAAUUUAAAAAAAAAAUACAUAUAUUAUUGACCUGAAUCCAGCUUUCGUUUUUGUUUCCCUUUCUGUUUUCAUUAACUGCAAGUGCAUUCCGAUACACAUAACCUGCUUCCUUUGUGUUUGUUAUGGCUUACGUACAGCCGCCGAAAAAGGCAGGAUUGCCGAGAGACGUGUUGAAAUGGUUGCAAAGUCUCGAUCUGUCUUUCUCCCACAGGAAUGUUCGACGAGACUUUUCCAAUGGUUUCCUGGUGGCUGAAAUGUUCUCCUGGUACUACCCGGGGGACUUCACUAUGCACUGCUACGACAACGGGACUUCGCUGCCAACCAAGCUGGGGAACUGGUCCCAGAUAGAGAGGUUUCUUUUAAAGCGAAACAUCAGCCUUCCCAAAGAGCUCAUUGAUGGGACAAUACAUUGUAAACCUGGAGCAGCUGAAAUCUUGAUUCAAGAAAUUUACACUAUCCUGACAAACAGACAAAUCAGAUGUAUCCAGGAGGAGCUGGCUGAUUUUACCGAUCGCAGUUACCAGGAGAAGUUGCCCAUGGUAGCUAGAUCCACUGCUUCUAAGGCUAUCAAGAACAACCUCAGGCUCAGCGAGGUGAUAGCAGAGCCGAACGUGGACACUAACAGGCAGAAAGUUCAGGCUAUCAUCCAGCUGCAUCUGCAGCAGAGGCAGGCUGAAAGAACAGAAAAUCCAAAGCGCUUUAAUGUGAAACCAACACUGGGGGAUCUGGCUGUUCGGCUACCACCAUCAUUGCCGCAGUGGCAAGAUGUGAAUGAGGAAACCCAGCCCCGAAAUAGCAAAACCAAGACAGAGGCUCCAAAGUCAUGCCUUUCUGCAAUCAGAAGUAAAGCAAAUGUUCAGUUCAAGGAGAUUGAUGUGAAGCAGACUGAUAAGAAAUCUUUGCUCUCCAGUGUUGGCUCACCAUCUCAAAUUACGGGGUACUGAAGGAUUCAUGAACAACAUCUGGACAAUAAUACUUCUCAGUCAAAUAAAAUACUGCAUUAUGCUUUGGA